CCACCGCCAAAAUAAAAUCACGUUGCCUGGCUAAAUUUUCAUGCCAAAAAAAAAAAAAAAGAAAAACGACACGUGAAAAUCACACCAAUCAAUUCAUGAAUGCGAACUCAAAUUCAAACCCACCAUUCUCUUCACACUCAACAGACAUAAACCUUUUCCCACCACCACCCAAAAAAAAAAAAAAAAAACUUCCGAGGCUGGCAUGUCGGUCGUAAAUUGUCGCCGGCGAUGGCUUCUGACGACGGCGAUCAUGAUCUCUCUCUUCUUCCGUCUUUCCUCGGGAGACGAGCUUCAGCCAUUAAUGAGGCUCAAAACCGCUCUCUUACCGGAAUCAAAGACGAGCGACGUUUUCAGCUCAUGGAAAGAGGACAAUCCCGUCUGCAACUUCAUCGGAAUUGGCUGCAACUCUGAAGGAUCCGUGACGGAGAUCGAUCUUUCUGGUAGAAAUCUCUCCGGUGUUAUUCCUUUGGACGCGAUAUGUUCGCUUCAAUCUCUCGAAAAGAUCUCUCUAAGCUCGAAUUCCUUGCACGGGACGAUCACGGAUCACUUGAAGAACUGUACUCGUUUGAAGCACCUGGAUUUGGGAUUCAAUUCUUUCUCCGGGAAAUUCCCGGACUUGUCCUCUUUCUCUGAAUUGACGUUCUUGAAUCUAAACGCCACUGGAUUCUCCGGUUCUUUUCCAUGGAAAUCGCUCGAAAAUCUAACGAAUUUAACUUUCUUGAGCCUCGGUGACAAUCCAUUUGAUCCAAGUCCAUUUCCUGCAGAAGUUGUAAAGUUUGAAAAGCUUUAUUGGCUUUAUCUCACCAAUUGUAGCCUCACUGGGAAGGUUCCAGAAGAUAUCGGAAAUCUUACUCUGCUCGAAAAUCUCGAGCUUUCGGAUAACAGAUUAACCGGCGAAAUCCCGCCAAGCAUUGGGAAGCUCAAGAACUUAUGGCAACUCGAGCUUUAUAAUAACUCUUUCACCGGAAAACUUCCGAAAGGUUUUGGAAACUUAACGAAUCUUGUCAACUUCGACGCGUCACAGAAUCUUCUAGAAGGUGAUUUGUCGGAGCUGAAGUUCUUGACAAAGCUCGAGUCUCUUCAGCUCUUCGAGAACCAAUUUAUUGGAGACAUUCCAGAGGAGAUUGGUGAGUUUGAGAACCUGUUUGAGCUAUCGCUUUACAGAAACAGAGUGACAGGGAAGAUUCCACAGAAGCUCGGAUCUCCGAAUGGCAUGGAAUUCAUAGAUUUGUCUGAGAAUUUUCUGACGGGUCCGAUUCCUCCUGAUAUGUGUAAAGGAAACAGAAUGACUGAUCUUCUCGUGUUGCAGAACAAGCUCACCGGAGAGAUUCCCGAAAGCUACGCGAGUUGCGAGUCUUUGAAACGUGUUCUUGUUAACAACAACUCGCUUUCCGGUGUUGUUCCGGCGAAAAUAUGGAGCUUGCCAAAACUUGUGAGGAUUGAUCUUUCCAUGAACGAUUUUGAAGGUCCGGUCACUGCUGAUAUAGCCAAGGCAAAGUCUUUGGGACAGCUGGUGCUGCAUAACAACCGGUUUUCGGGUGAGUUGCCUGAUGAGAUCUCUGGAGCUUCCUCUUUAGUCUCGAUUCAGCUCAGUUUCAAUCGGUUUUCGGGUCCAAUCCCGGGGACAAUAGGGAAAUUGGCUAAGCUUAGUAAUCUUUACUUGGACAACAAUCAGUUUUCUGGUUUGAUACCGGAGUCUUUAGGUUCAUGUGUUUCGGUUUCUCAAAUAAACCUUGCUCGUAAUUCUCUUUCUGGAAAAAUCCCUCCAAGUGUUGGCUCUUUGCCUAAUCUUAACUCUUUGAACAUCUCAUCCAACCAACUCUACGGCGAAAUCCCUUCCACUUUGUCCUCGCUCAAGCUCAGCAUUCUUGAUCUUUCCAACAACCGCUUGACCGGUGAAAUUCCUGAUUCUCUGUCAAUUUCAGCCUUUAAGGACAGCUUCGUGGGAAAUCCGGGCUUGUGCAGCGACAAUAAUCUUGAAGGUUUUCGACGUUGCUUGUCGAAAUCGAGCAAUUCUAGUCAGCUAAGAACAUUACUAUCCUGUUUUAUAUCUUUACUACUUGUGCUUCUCAUAGCACUCGGUUGUUUCUUGCUCCUUAAGUUACGGAAAAACCACGCUCUUUCGCACCCAUUGAAGACUAAUUCUUGGAACAUGAAGUCGUACCAUGUUCUAAGCUUCUCAGAGGAGGAGGUUUUAGACUCAAUCAAGCCAGAGAAUCUGAUAGGCAAAGGAGGGUCAGGAAAUGUGUAUAAAGUAGUACUAAGAGAUGGGAAAGAGCUAGCAGUGAAGCACAUUUGGACCCCGUCGGAUGCCGGACACCGGAGGAGUUGCCGGAGCACCGCCGCGAUUUUGAAGAGGAGUAAGUCCCCAUCGCCGGAGUACGACGCCGAGGUGGCGACUUUGAGCUCGAUCAGGCAUGUCAAUGUGGUGAAGCUUUACUGUAGCAUCACAAGUGACGAUAGUAACCUACUGGUUUACGAGUACUUGCCUAAUGGGAGCUUGUGGGACCGACUGCACACGUGUCAGAAGAUGGAGAUGGGGUGGGAGGUUAGGUACGAGGUUGCUGCUGGGGCUGCAAAGGGUUUGGAAUAUCUUCACCAUGGGUGUGAUCGGCCAGUUAUACAUAGGGAUGUUAAGUCUAGUAAUAUUCUUUUGGAUGGGAAUUGGAAGCCAAGGAUUGCUGAUUUUGGACUUGCUAAGAUUGUUCAUGCUGGUGGGGAUUGGACCCAUGCCAUUGCUGGCACACUUGGUUACAUAGCUCCUGAGUAUGCUUACACAUACAAGGUGAACGAGAAGAGCGAUGUUUACAGCUUCGGAGUGGUGUUGAUGGAAUUGGUGACCGGGAAGAGGCCGGUGGAGCCCGAGUUCGGAGAGAACAAGGACAUAGUGAACUGGGUUUACAACAAAUUCAGGAGCCAAGAGAAUGAUGUGCUUGGUUUGGUGGACUCAAAUAUUUCAGAUGCUCAAAAGGAAGAUGCAUUCAAAGUGUUGAAAAUCGCGAUUCAUUGCACUUCUCAGGUUCCUGGUUUGAGGCCUUCCAUGAGGACGGUAGUCCAUCUGUUGGAAGAGGCCGAGCCUUGCAAACUCACAGGCAUAACUGUUGUUAAAGAGGCGGAAAAUAGCCAAGAUGGAAUUAGAAGUUUUGGCGUGACACAAGAGAAGCAAUAGUAAUGUUAUUAUAGACAGGACAUCAAAGUUGGGUCUACACAGCUUGUGAAGAGCAAUAAGGUUUAGAAACAGUCAAACAAGUUGUAUCCUUUAGAUCUCUGAUUGUAAGAAACAGAGUUAUAUUGCUUCUUCUUUUUUUUUUGGCUCAAGUAGAGAGCUUUCAACGACUUAAAAGAC